CACCUUUGCCACCGUCAAAUUUGUUGCCUAUUCUUCUUUCUCCGAAACUUCACAGCCCCUUUUUUGGCCUCUUCUUUUUUCACCUUUCUUCGUCCUAAGUCUUGAUUAAAUUAUCUGAAUCUGGGUGUUCCUUUUUAUUUUCAUACCAAAAAAAAAAAAAGGUUUCAUCUAAAGAUUUAAUCAUAAAUUGUUUCUAAGUGUGCAAUGGAUUCAGAUUCUUGGACUCGUCUAUUUACUUCUUCAAGGCGUUACCAACCUCGAUCAGAAAUCCGUAACAUAGGAGAGGAGUAUGAUUGUGAAGAGGAGUUGAGGCCAGAGUUUCUCUGUCCUUUCUGUGCGGAGGAUUUUGAUAUUGUUGGACUAUGUUGUCAUAUCGAUGAAGAGCAUGCUGUUGAGGCUAAGAAUGGGAUAUGCCCGGUUUGUGCAAAAAGGGUUGGAAUGGAUUUGGUUGGUCAUAUUACUCAGCAACAUGGAAAUAUUUUAAAGGUGCAGCGCAAGAGAAGAUUUCGAAGAGGUGGUACUUCAGCUCUCUCUAUUUUAAGAAGAGAGCUAAGGGAAGGGAGUUUGCAGUCCAUCCUCGGGGGAUCAUCUCGUUUGGUUCCUUCCUCCUCUUCAGAUCCAGAUCCCUUGUUAUCUUCAUUCAUUCACAAUACACCUUUGGCUAAGAAAAUUCUUGAUGUUCAACCCUUUUCUUCUAUUAAACAAAGUUCAAAAAAAGAAAGCACUCUUGAUAACUCAUCUGAAAGAAAUGUUCAGCAAUCUCCACUAUCUGACAAAGACCAAGAGGAGAAGGCCUGGAAGAGUAAGUUUGUGCAAGGGCUACUGCUAUCUACCUUUCUUGAAGACGAUGUCUAAAGGUGAAGAGGACAAUGUUAGAAUGGAUAGAGAAAAGAAGAGGAUGCUGCCAUUCUGUGUAAUAGUUAGGGGAAGAGGGAACUCGUAAAAGUCCUACUUAUGUGUAUAUUGUUUUCCAUCUUCAAUGUAGCAACAUGCUAAUAAUAUAUAUUCUAAUUUAA